CCGGCCGGGAGCGCGCGGGUAUUGGAGGGCCCGGGCCGCGCCGACCCCAUGGCCGCGGGCGUGAAGCAGCGGCUGGGCGGCCUCCCCGUCUUCACCCGCGACGACUUCGAGGGCCCCUGGCGCCCAGUGGCGAGCGGCGGCUUCAGCCAGGUGUUCCAGGCGCGGCACAAGCGCUGGCGGACCGGGUACGCCAUCAAGUACCCCCGCUGUCCCCAGCCUGACACCAUCAGCUCUGAUGUUAAUUGCCUCAUUGAAGAAGCAACCAAAAUGGAGAAGAUCAAGUUUCAGCACAUAGUGUCCAUCUACGGGGUAUGCGAGCAGCCCCUGUGUAUUGUGAUGGAGUUCAUGGCCAACGGCUCCCUGGAGAAGAUGCUGCCCACCCACAGCCUCUGCUGGCAGCUCAAGUUCCACAUCAUCCAUGAGACCGGCUUGGCCAUGAACUUCCUCCACAGCAUUAACCCACCACUGCUCCACCUGGACCUCAAGCCAGGCAACAUCCUCCUGGACAGCCACAUGCAUGUCAAGAUAAGGACCCUAGUUUCAGACUUCGGCCUGUCCAAGUGGAUGGAACAGUCGGCCCAGAUGCAGUACAUCAAGAGGUCAGCUCUGCAGGGCACCCUCAGCUAUCCCCCCGAGAUGUGUCUGGAGAGCAACACGGGCCCAGGGCCCAAAUACGAUGUGUACAGCUUCGGGAUUGUCAUCAGGGAGAUCCUCACUCAGAAGAAACCGUAUUCAGGCUUCAACAUGAUGACCAUUACGGUGAGAGGGGCCGCAGGCCUGCGGCCCUCCCUGCAGCCUGUCUCUGAUGAGUGGCCGGCUGAGGCCCAGCAGAUGGUGGACCUGAUGAGGCGCUGUUGCGACCAGGACCCCAAGAAGAGGCGCUGCUUUCCAGACAUCACGGUGGAGACAGACAUGCUGCUGUCCCUGCUCCAGAGUCCUGUGACUGACCCAGAGAGCGAGGCCCUGGCCAGGAAGGUGUCCUGCACAGCGUGUCUGCGCCGGCCCCGGGAGGUCAGUGAGGAGAUCAGCCAGGAGCUAACAGACAGCGACUCAGGAGACUACUUGAAGCGGGUCCUGCCUCUCUCAGACAGCGAGAGCCUGCUGCUGAGCGAUGAGCAGCUGGGCAUCCGUGAGAACAAGGUUACUGCCCUCCACUUCCUGGUGGCUCAGGGCCUCCUGGAGCGGGUGAGGCUUCUGCUGGUCCAGGAGGUCGACGUGGACUGCCAGACGGCCUGCGGCUACACUCCCCUCCUCAUCGCCACCCGGGACCGGCACCACGACCUCUGCGCCCUGCUCCUGAAGCACGGUGCCGACGCCAACCUGGUGGACGAGGACGGCCGGGCCCCGCUGCACUUCGCGGCCCAGAAUGGGGCCGACCGCGCUGCCCGCCUCCUACUGGACCACGGGGCCCGUGUGGAUGGCCAGGAGCACGAGGGGUGGACCCCGCUCCACCUGGCUGCGCAGAACAACUUUGAGAAUGGGGCACGGCUUCUGGUCUCCCAUCAAGCUGACCCCAACCUGCAGGAGGCUGAGGGCAAGACCCCUGUCCACGUGGCCGCCUACUUUGGCCAUGUCAGCCUGAUCAAGCUGCCGACGGGCCAGGGGGCUGAGCUGGAUGCUCGGCAGAGAAACCUGAGGACACCACUGCACCUGGCGGUGAAGCGAGGCAAAGUGAGGGCCCUCCAGCACCUAUUAAAGAGUGGGGCGGCCGCUGAUGCCCUUGACCAGAGAGGCCACAGCCCACUGCACAUCGCCACCGCCAGGGGCAAGUACCUUAUCGGCAAGAUGCUGCUCAGGUACGGCGCCAGCCUCGAGCUGCCGACCCACCAGGGCUGGACGCCCCUGCAUCUAGCAGCCUGCAAGGGCCACCUGGAGAUCAUCCACCUGCUGGCUGAGAGCCACGCAGAUGUGGCGGCUCCCGGAGGCAUGAGCUAGACCCCCCUGCACCUGGCUGCCCGUCAUGGGGCAGAGGUGGUGGUGUCCGCACUGCUGCAGUGUGGGGCUGACCCCAAUGCUCCCGAGCAGUCAGGCUGGACGCCCCUCCACCCGGCAGUCCAGAGGGGGGUCAUCAGCCUCCUGGAGCACCAUGCAGAUGUCCAUGCCCGCAACAAGGUGGGCUGGACACCUGCCCACCUGGCCGCCCUCAAGGGCGACAUGGCCAUCCUCAGAGUGCUGGUCAAGGCCGGUGCCCAGCUGGACACCCAGGACAGGGUAGGCUGCACGCCUCUGCAGCUGGCCCUCUGGAGCUAAAAGCAGGGCAUUGUCGCCUUCCUAGAGGGCAAGGAGCCCUCACUGGCCAUUCUGUCCGGGGCUGAGCCUGGAGCCCAGAUGGAAGUUUAGACAACCUGCGGUUUCCUUACCUGUAAGGAAGAGAGGUUGGUGGAAGUGAAGCUGGGCUUCUGGCAGGCCCCCUUCCCUGUCCUUGCCAGCUGCCCCUUUGACCUUGAGAGGAGAUGGGAACCUGGUCCCCUGGGUGGUGGAGGGAUGGGGAGAGGAACACUGAGGUUGUAGCUGGGGAAGGGGCCCCUGGCUCAGAGAUCUCCUUUCAGCCCUUCCUCCAUGUGUGUCUCUAGCCAACUCUCAGCCUCCUCCUCCUGUACCUGGACUCAAGCCCCCAAAGUGAGUUCUCUGUUUAUUCCCAAGGUUCCUGCCACCUUUAACCACUUGCCCCUGAGUGCACAGGGGCCCUUGCAUCCUAGAACUCACUCUGAAGAAGGAGGGAGGCACAGAGGAGAGGGAAGUGUUCCCUCCCAGCUCACGUCUGUGUGACUUGGCCCCUUUCUUCGGGCGCGGUCAGGACAGCCAGACCCCCGUGCUUUGUGCAAGGGCAGGAGCUGAAAAGUUCGGAGGAAUUUUCCACUUCCAGUUGAAAGCCCCAGCCAAGAGCCUGUUGCUGCACCGACCACCUUCCUGGCGGCUCUGGUCCCAGGGCCCAGCUCUGCCUUACAAUCUCUUGCGGGGAAGGGAGGGUCUGCUCCAACCGCCCACGAGUGAUCCUACAUGGGACGCUUGGUCCCUGGUCCCCCACCUCACCCUUCACCCUUUGCUGUGUCCAGUUAUAUGGCUGGUUUCAAAUCUGACUAUCAUAAA